AUGAAGCGAGUGAAGGUGCCAAAGAACAAGGUAAAAAUGUGGAUACCUAUUUGUAUGGCCUUUGUUUUGCACCUAUUUUGAUCCAAAAUGUCCACAUUUCACCCAAACACGGGGUAGAUGAUGACCACAAAAGUAGCCGUUUAUGCAAGCGCAUCGACACUUAAGGGGGGUUUCACCCAAAGGGCUGGAAAGUGAAUUCUUGCGUUUCUAGGUUUUUGGGAACUCCGAUGUUUUUUAAAUGGUAUUUUAAAGUCGCUCGUUAAAAGGCUUGCGCAAGUCUGAAUCUAAACGGUACUCAUUCACUUAGGCGUGUUAAGUUCACUAUCUUCUGUUUGCUUCUGUCGACAAUGAAAAAUCUGUUGCAUAAAACUGUAGGAUUUUGGAUAUGCCAGGAGUCAUUUGCGGUUAGAUGUCGUAAUUUCUCUUUCGGGAAUGGUUUUUCGAGUCCUCUAGUGAGAAUUUUCGCUUUGUUCGGACUGUAAGCCUUGAGCAUGCAGAAGACGUUUUUAAAACUGCUAUUUACUCUAGUAGAGCAUUAAGGUUAUGCAGUGUCUGGAUAUAAAAAUCUCCAUCCCGACGCAAGGAAACUACGGUGUCCCGUCUUCAACAACCUUUUAAAGCUUUCAUCAACGUAAGGCAACUCUUUGCCCUAUAAAAGGUCACAUAGAAGAAGCAAUUUAAAUUAGCAGAAAAAAAGAAAAGACAGGCCAUGAAAAAGGAACUGAUCUCACAACCAGAAACCCCUGCCUGGGGGUAGGCAUCUAACCGUCCACGGCUCCAAUUCUCGCGCAUCAGUGAUCUCAUCCUGCGAGUUAGGAGGUAGGCUGUCGUGUAUUUGCUAGUAGACAGCUGACUGGAAUUUGUCUAGCCGGGCGUUCGACUGUCUAGCAACACUGACUUUGGAAUAGCGAAACCGACAACGGGCUCGGGCAACGGACUCGGGCAACGGGCUCGGGCAACGGGCUCGUGGCCCAGUGGUUAGAGGCGUUGACUUUUAAAUAACAGUUCGCGAGUUCGAGCCUCGGGUAUUCCACACUUCGGGGUUGGGUAUGGCUGGCUGACGACGGCUAAUAAGCCAGAAAUUACCAUUCCAGUGUCCCUUGUGUUUGUCAGUAAUGCCAUUCUAAAUAGCGAAGUGUUUGUUGAAGAUUGAUUGCGAUGUCAGUCUAGAUAGGACGUUACCACCCCUUGUUGACAUCCGUUAUCGGCAGUUUAAAUAGGACCGAAAGUUAUAGUGAUAACUAGCUAACGAGCCUGGCAAGGUCUAGGUGUGCCGUCCCUUUGAACAAUAAAUGCAACAAAGCUCGUGUGAAUAACGUGUUAGUUGAAUAUUUCCUGCAUACGUCUGACUGUAAAAACGGUAUACUUGUUCAGUCCCGCCCAGUGAUUGCUAGGCACGAUUUAGAAAGGUCAACAGAAAACGUCUGAGUGGAAAUCGGCAUUUUUGAUAAAAAUUAUCCUUGAAAUAAUUUAUAUUUGUGGUCGGUUAAGGUUGAGGAUCAAAAGAAAAAGUGUACGAUCCCCUUUCUGUUAAUUGGUGUCUCAUACGCCAAAGUUCGAGGUAUGCUCGAUUCCGUAGUAAAAUAAUUUCGGACAACACCAGAAAGGAAUCCCGACCUAUGAUAAUGAUCUCUCCACAUCUUCUCGAGGCCUAUAUGAAGUCCAGGUUGGACACGGAAAUAUUGACGCCUCGAACCAGAGGUGGUCUUGCGUUAAACUCCAGGUGGUGCUUUUUGGCCUGUCCUAACUUUGGCCCUAACCCUAACAUUAACGCCCACAAUAUUAUCUCAUCUAGUUUUAUGCCCAACACUAAUCCGAAUCUUCCCAGAAUUCAGCGUAAAGCCACCUGUACUAUGGAAAUUCAUAUUUUUGUACCUAACCGAAUCCAAUCCACUUUUCUGCCAACCUCUAUUCAUUCUAUGGCAGAUUGCGGUUUUUCAGGUCUAGUUCAUGGACGAGGAAAUUAUUUUGGUGUUUGAAUAGUCGUACUUUGAAUACUUUCUGUGAAGCCCGCAUGAUCACUUAUGUGGCUCUCUGUUCUGAAGUUCAUUAACACAGCUCACCAAGGUUGUGACGUGAUGCAUCUGUGUUGCGGUAUCCCAUCAGCACCAGAAGGUCUCCUUGUAUGGACAUUUACGAUUAAGUCAGUUCCUUUUUGCAGGUACUUUCUAAACAACCAGAAAAACCAGGCUGUGUUUGAAAAUAUACGGAUUCCUUACGCCUGCGCUUGGACCUGAUGUACUUACCUUCUUCUGAUCCGAAUGUCCAUGCGUAAUAAGAGACUUUUCUGCCUCUUUUCUAGACAUUAUGAUUGAAUUUAUACAGGCAUCAAAAAUGGAUGGGAUUAAAAAUGACUAAGCAGUUUUUUGAAGCUCCAUGAAUAAGAUUUUUUACUCAAAAAUCAACGUGACACGGUGAGGAUUUCUACUCUUAUUAUUCUCCCAGUUAUUGUGUCGUCUGGCCUCGCUUCCGCAAUAUUUUUUACUAGCCAAUUUCCUAAUGUACUUAUAUCGAUGUUAUCUGAAUUCCGGCUGAUACUGUGCCUUAAAGAAAAAGGACUGAAUUUAAGACCUAAGGCAUUUAAAAUCGCUCUGCUUCAGAUGAAUACACCAUACGAUUUAGUUCCGAUAAUUCUCCUUGCAAGGGCCGUUCUUGCGUGAUGCCAGCUUAUUAACGAGGUUUUCGUAAUGCUGAAUCUUCAUCAAUUUAUACUUGAUAAACUAUUCUAUAACGCCUAACUUACCGCAUCCUGGGAAUUAUCUCAAGUGUAGCUGUUUUUAGAGCAGAACAGAUCAAGCAAGUAAGAAAUUCCGAUUCGUCUGCUUUCAUGGAUCCACUAGAUCUAGGAUCGAAGCUCGGAAAAGGACUCAGACUGUUCUGUUCAGUUAGGAAACGUUAAUCUAGCCGCAAUUGGUAACAGUCGGGGAAAGCCAAUCUACGGCGGUAGAGUCAAAUAAAGUUAAUGGUCGGAUGUGGUUAUGUAGCCCCACCUGAAGUAAAACAAAUCACAGUCACCUCUAAUACAGGACCGGUGGUAAUAGGGGUUCCUACAUGUGGGGCCGGGGAACGCACACGUGACGAGGUCAAGCAAAUAUAUGCAAAAAAGCUGUUCGGAAUGCGCGGUUGUACUUUGAAUGGUCGAGGAACCAUCGCGCUAACCCCUAACCGCUAAACCUAACGCUUAACCCCAGCCCCAACAGUAUUGUGACCAUCAGGUGGGGCUACCAAACCGAAUCUCACCAAGUUAACAAAUUGAAUUUAUCUGUCGUUAGUAAUUUUGCAGGGUGAAUCAUUAAAUUUGGUUGGUGCCAGAGGCAGAAAGACUAGGGACGCACCCAUCUGCGUGAAGAUUUAAACAAAGAGGCAAGGUUGUUCGAAGGAAAGUAAUAUGGUAGAGUUAACGAUCCGACUGACAUGAGAGCCUCUGACACACUGGGGUCAAGUUACACGCUACAAAUGUUUUACCAGUCAGGAAAAACCCGUCGAAACUUUCAUAAAAUCUUUCUUCCUGCCCCACAUUGCCGUUCUCUUUGUUUGUCUCUGCUUCCCACCCGUUAGUGUACGGCUUGGUUUCGAAAGGCCGAGAAUAUUCAACUCGUCUUGACCAUUUCCUCUGUCGUGCUUGGUCUUGCCCUGGGUUUCAUUGUCAAGGCCGCCCACCCUGAUAUCAGCCCGAGGACGGUGAAUUUGGUUUCGUUUCCAGGAGAACUGCUAAUGAACAUGCUUAAAAUGCUCAUCAUUCCUCUGAUUACUUCCAGCCUCAUUUCAGGUAAACUGGGCUAUUCACUUUGUGCGUUACAUGCGUCUGAUUCUAUAACAAGAUAUCCGUUUUUGUGUUUUUUCACAUAAGGCCGUAGAGAAAACUCACGUUCCUUCGUGAGUCAGGUACGAAGACAAAAUUACGCAAAGUUGGGAAAUGGUGUUUAUGAUAACUUAUCGUCGUACAAGGUUUUUGAGUGGGCCUGGUAAACAUGUAGGCACUAAAAUAAAAUAAGUACAUGAGUGGUUUUUCAACUGUGCGCCAUGAGACGACAUCGUUGUAAUAUUUAAAAGACCAAUUAGCGAGCAUACGUUCACUUUCGAUAGAUUCUUGUCAGGCCAAGACGUUUACAUGUGAACGGGUUCAAGUCAAGCAUUUCAGUGAUGAGAGAAAUUGACUAAAGUUCGUUUUAAAACACAGGCGGGGUAUGGGACUAUGGGAUGGUUAGUUAUUCCGGCUGCCCAAUAGUAUUCUUCGCAACAGGCCGAAAAUAUAACUUUGUUCCUCAAAGUCGUCUUUCAAGGGGACGCUGCGGACGAACUUCUAAGAAGACGCCUUGAUCAAACUGUCUCAGCAUCUUCUCAGCAGCAAGGGUUCGAAUAUUAUUCUUCACUAACCCCAUUUUACGCGGAGAAGGUAUGGAUAGGUUGCCAUCUCAGACCACCUCAGUACGCAUCUACUCCUUCACUGGCUCCUUUGGAGCGAGUUAUAUUGGUCGCACGAGUCAGAGCCUAUCCAGAAGAAUACGAGAACACCUCCCGGCAUGGUUGGGAAGAGGCGGAAUUAGGAGCAUAACUAGUUCCAUCCUCGUGCAUGUUGUUAAUUGCGGGCAUCGUAAGGACCUCGGCGAAGCUUUUCGUGUAAUCUAUAAGGUUCCAUCGAGCUACCCUAAGCUAAUGGGCCAUCGGUUGUUAGCAGCAGAAGCGGCCGCCAUCAGAUUAUGGAAGCUGAUCUUGUGCGCGUAGAAAAACCUCGUUUAGACUCCGCACCUACCGGGGCCAAGGGUCGACUAACUACUUGCAACUCUCCGCGCCCUUCCGCUCUCGCCUCACCCAUGUCACUAACUCCUAUCCUCCCCCCCCCCCAUUUUUCCACAUCCCGCCAAUGUAUUAAAACAAACUUUAAACGUUGAGGGACGCUCGCUCGUCUCGAUGAGACUGGGGGCUCUUUCUUAAACCCCGCCAACAGCCGCACAGUGGCGCGUACCACAGCAGAAUAGCAUUACCGUCAAAGACAAGAGGGGCUGGGAUUGCCAUUUCUGACAUGCUAGCCGUUAUCAGCCAACCACACCCAGCCAGCCUCCCUCGUCUUUGCUAAAAAUGCUAUUCUGCCGAACUUUACUCGGUUUAUCUUAUCUCUGACAUGUUUGACUCGACCUUGUUCCCUUAUAAAUGAACUGGCCUGACGAGAAUAUAUCGAAGGCUAACGUAUGCUCGCCAACUGCUCUUAAAGUUUAUGGAUUGACAAUAAUCCCCCAACAAAGAUUUCUGUUCCGCAAUGUAGACAGAGGAUUUUGAAAUUUUAAAGACCUUGCUAGACAGCUUGUGGAGCUCCGACCUACAGCGAUUCAAAAAUUUAAGAUUCUGGGAAUUCCUGUGCUCGAUGUGUGCACCGGGGGUAAGAGAGGCGUUCGGAAAAAGGCGUAAUCAUCUAUUCCUCACUUCACAUCACUCCGCAUUAAAUGCUUUUGAGACCAUUUCGUUUUCCAGGUCUGGCCAAUCUGGACAUCAAAUCCUGCGGAAAAAUCGGGACCUACGCGUUAAUCUACUACUUCACGACAACCCUACUCGCAGUGGUCAUCGGCAUUGUCCUCGUAGUGGCCAUUCACCCUGGAAGCCCUGCUAUCAAGGAGACGCGUGGCGCUGGCACACACGCCACUGCGAAGGGCCCCAACACCUUGGAUGCCAUUAUGGAUCUGUUCCGGUCAGUGCAUGCUUCCCGGAAUUGGCAUUUUCAGCAUCAUAAGCCCGGCCCUUUUGACCACGGAAGCGAUGCAUGACUCUGAGAGUAGGGUAGAUAACACAGCAGGAACAAGAAUCAAUAUAAAUACAUUCAUUUCACUGUUGUUGUAUAUAAAUCAGCCGACAGCUCCCUAUUCCGUACUAUAAGGAUGUAUGCGGUAGAAUCUAGAACGUGUCGCAUGCAAACACAGACGUUGUCGAAAAGAGAGGUGUUUCUUUAUACUCCGAAGACUAUUUAGGUAUUUAUUGUACUAGAUAAUCUACCGAGCUUGAAAGGCUCAUAAGGCAGUAACGCUCCUCAGUACUAUGAACUAAAUUCUGAGGCGAAGAUUCGGUCGGAUCUUAUUUCGUAGCCGUACCUGCAGUAGACAAGUCCCACCCUUACCCCUAACUCUAUCCCCCAAUCCUAACCCCAAACUUCAAUCCCUAACCUUAACCCCCAAUCCCUAAUCCUUACCGCUAACCUCAACCCCUAACAGGCACGGCGAUGAAAUAGGAUCUUGCCGAAAACUCAGAUUGGACGUGUGAUUGAGACUGGAUUUUGGCCGCAAGAAAUGAGAAGUGUUGGUUUGAAAUGAUACUGAGAAUUGCAAAAUGGAAACAAACUACUACGUAAAACUACGGAACAGAGAAGUUACCGGAAAAUACUGCGUUUAUUUGAACAGACGUGCUCCAAUUAAAUUGCCUCAACCCACUGCUAAUCGCGACAGAGCAAAAGAGGUGGUGUUAAUAUUAUAUGUUCUCCAUGAAGUAUUGAUGCCUGUAGGCAAUUACAUAUGUUGGCCGGACAGAACAGGUAACUAAUUCUUUCGCGGUGUUCGCUUGUCAAGACCCUAUCUUAAGAGAAAGCUUUUGACACUAACAAUAAGUCGAAAUUAUCUUUCUCUUUUAUCGGUAUUGUUAGGAACAGAAAUUAUCUUCAGUUUUUCAAAAUAUUGUGAAGGAUUUCAGUCAGUGCUUCUGCUUUUUUUCUUGUUUGGCGUAUGCUAUCCUAAAAAAUCGAAAUGCAGACUGCAUUUGCACCUUACUUGUUACAUACUUCCUAUUGAACCAAUCACUCUUUGAGUCAGUCCCGAAAAUGGAGCUUUUCAAAGUAAACACGUCCGAUUCUAAUCCGUGUAAAUCUUUUCCAAGAUUUAAGAGCCGUGUUUUAUAAGCAAUUUGUCUGACAGUGCACUCUGUAAGUGACUGCGAAGGCCAGAGAAGCUGAAAUUACCCUUUGAUGAUCCUUUUCAGAAAUAUGUUUCCCGAAAACAUCAUCCAAGCCUGCACUCAACAGGUAUCCAGCACGUUAGUUAACAAGACCGUCAUACCGGAUGCAGUCAAGGUGAGUUGCGAGUUUUAACUAAGAAACUCUGUAAGUAUGUGUGAACUUUCAGCCAACGACGUUGCGUUCUAAUAAAUGAAGUAAACCAUUACUGUUAAAAUCCCUUGUAUGUCUCGUUAAGCAAAGGCAUUUUGUGAACUGUAGCGGCUAAGAUGCGGGAGUGUACACAGAGCGCUCAAUCAUCAAACCAAAUCCCAAAUUGUAGCAGACAGAAGUCACUAGAGUGAAGCGUUUAUUGUAUACAGUACCCUAAUUUGUCCUCUCAGGUGGUAAUGGCCGCAGGUGAAGCCAGGGCUAGUGCUGACUGCAUUCAAUCAUGCCUGGAAGUCGGGGCGACAGUGGUGGCAGUUGCUUCUAGAGGCUUUUGCGGCAAGUUCAGGUGGUGUACACUUGGUAUGUGUUGUAUUUGCCGAGGGGUGGCGUUCAAGUGGCCUGUGCUGCAUUCGCACAGAGGGAUGGUGUUUUCAAGUGACGCAUGGACGGCUCCGACUUUGCAGACACCCGAGGGCCGGAGUCGAAAUCGGUCAGGUGGCUUCAGGUCAGCGCGUCUGGAAGCGUUCACUGAGAAGAUUAAUGGCCUUGAACAAGGACACUAGACACGACCGUCCUGGCUGUCCGCAAAAGAACUGAUCUUCUCCCUUGAAACGUUGUGCGGUUUUCACCGAACCGAGACUGUCCUCGAAAAGUAGGGAGAAACCUGGUUACCAGACAAUGAUUUUCCCGAACAGUUGUUUACACACGCACAGCUUGUAUUUAUCCAACAGAGCAGAAAUUUUGGAUUGCGCUCUUUUGAAACCUUGGCUUCAUUCUCUCUCAUAAAAACCCAAGAUGAACCAAUACACAAAUGAACAACUGACCGAAUUUGUUUCAUAAAUUUUUAAGCAAGAGGUCGCUAGGCAGGUGAAGUUACGGAAGUCAAUUACCCGGAUCACAACUUAAAUUCAUUUCUUUCACGGUUAUACAGUAGAUUUUGGAUGUGUUUUAUCUCGGCGACUGUCUGGACAUCAAUCGAUGCGAAGUAAAAAUUGGAGUAACCUGCGUUUUACGCAGACUUUCUGUUCAUACACCGGUUUUAUCGUUCAGCCUGAAAAGAAUGUGCUAGAAUUUCCCUGCUCAUGAUUGCUUCAUAGAAAAUCGCGUCUUAUUAAAACUUUUGUCUUACAUAAUGAUCGCAAACUUCGGGUUCGAGCCUUACGUUAUGUGAGUUCUGGCUGGCUGGCUGGCCAUUUCCGACUUACAAGCCGUCAUCAACCAGUCAUGCCCCACCCCGAGGUAUGGGACCCUCGAGGUUUGAACUCGCGACCUGUUGGUUAAAAGUUCAACGUCCCAACUACUGAGCCACGUGCUCGCUGUCCUGUCAGUUGCCAUCGGAUAUGUUAACAAUGGUAGAGGGGUGCGCACCGAUCGCGUUAGGGAACUCCCCCGCCCCGUUGUGCUUUGGGGCCCCCUCUCGAGCCCGCACUGCAGUCACAUAGCAGUGCGUAAUGCAGCAAAAUAGCGGCUGCUGCCAGGGCUCGAGAGAGGACCCCAAGGCACAACGGGGCGAGGGAGUCCUCUAACGCCAUCGGUGCGUGCCCUUCUACCAUUAUGAUUAUUAAGUCAGAAAUUGUCGUUUAGGUCUCCUUGUUUUUGUUUACAUUCCUCCUGUGUUAAUAUCUGGCUAAGACACAGUACUAGGUGUCCCCAUAUUACAGGUGACCUUGCAGCAAAUUUCUUAGUGGUACAUACCGCAGUGUCUUAUCCUAACCCUAGCCUUAAGCUAACCUGUAACCGAAGAUCUAGUCUUGGCCUUAACCCCUCUGAAAAUUUAGCACAAGAUCACCUGUAAUAUGAGCGUGCCUACCAGUGAUGAGGCUGCUCGUAAGGGCCUCAGUACUGAGCUCCAAGGCAAAACGGGACGCACACGUUCCGCCCUGUAACUAGAUCCGUGAGCGCCCUUGCUACCAUCUGAAGCCAAUUGACGCAACCAUAUAUGGUCUGCCCUUGCAAAAGGACACAGCACAGGAAGUGGUUGUGAAAAAGAUACUCUCUGUAUAUCUGACAUCGCAGUGCACUCUGAUAAUAAGAACUGUCCGCCGUCUGCGUUCGCUGGCUCCGUCCACCACGAUAACGAACUGGAGGAUGAAUCCGAAAUGCCGAGCGAAUAGCGUUUUGUUACUGCAAUUGAGCCUUCUUUAUAACCCUAAAUGUCCAUCUAAAGAGGUUGUAUGAAGUUCAGUGAAUAUUGCGAUAUAUAUGAAUAACAUUGCGUAAGUCGUAGACUCGAUCAAAAUCUUGAAGAUGAUAAGCUACACGAAUGAUAAUGUAAGCGUCCAGGGAGUUCUUUUAAGCCAGUGCUCUUUACUAUCAUGCAUAAACUUCACUCAAACAUUUUGCUAAGAUGUAGCUAUGUAGCCCCGCCUGAUGGACGCAAUACUGUUGGAGUUAAGGUCAGGGUUAGGGGUUAGGGUAAGGUGUUAUGGUUAGGGGUUAGGGCAGCUAUUUCUCAGCCACUAAAAGCACAACCGCUCAUUCACAACAAUUUUUCCUUUGCAUACAACUACUUGACCUCGUCGCCUGUGCGUUCCCCGGCCCCACUUGUAAAAUCCCCUAUUACAACUGGUCCCGUAAAACAGGUGGCUGGCGUUUGUUUACAUCAGGUGGAGCUGCAUAACGACAUCUGACCCUAAGUUUGUCGGUUAUUUAGGGAAAGAAAACCCGCAGAGAAAUACAAAUCGGUUCAAUUUUUGCGAGCGACGAUGUCCGCCGGAAUCGCACGAGGUGUGCUCAGUAGCAGUGACUUGCGUGUUUAUUUGUUUAUAGCGAAGCAAAUUUGGGUCGUGUCUGCGUCACCCUCUCCUCUGUGAUCCACGGUGUUUCGAUGCCGAGAAAAAAUCAGGACAAUCAAAGAUGGGUGCGGAUACAGUGGUUGACAAGACUGGACAACUCGUUCAGGCGUUCCAUACAGACAAGCUGUCCCUCGCAUCAUCUGUACUGGGCUAUACAAACGGCGACUAGGAUGGCGCAUAGGAAAGAAUUCCAAAAAGGCGUAGGGGGUGUGGUUACAGUGUCUUGCCCUUACUGCAAUCUUCAAAGCCCUCUUUAUAAAAAGAUUCGUACUAGUCGAAUGCAACUGGGACAGAAAACUAUGAGGUUGAUGCCUCAAGAGCCAGCGUGUUGCCAGUGGGACCUGACGUGCACUUAAGGCUCCUUGCGGCAGCAUCAAUCUGCUGUGUGCCACUUCACAGCAUAUUAAAAAGUUUCAGACUGCAUUUCACGAGUUUUGGUAUUUACAUCACGCCUAUAUCUUUGUUCCUGGCAAGGUCCAUCUGGAAGUUAGUAAAAAGUUGAGUGUCGAGGCGACAAAGAAACGUACGCGUUUUCUCGUUCACUAAGUCAGAGAUUCUCAGCGUGCAUAAAAACCUUCGUUUUAAGGACAGUAGUAUACGCCGGCCAAUUAUGGUAAUUAAACAGACUAACACAUUGGUUGGGUUUGGAUUUUUGUGGCUGGCUAAAAAGAAGGGAUGAGGUGGACUUGAAUCAUCGGCCCUGAUUAGUGCUGUUCAUUCUUCUUCCUCCGUCCAGUCCCUACGCACCUUCACUAAUUACUCAGUCAAGUUCCAUGUACUUUAGAAACUUAAGCUCUGAAUCAUAAUCCAAAUAACAUUCAGACGUUGAGUUAAUGUUUCUCGAGUAUUCUUUUUUCCAACAACCGCUCCUCAAUUCACUUCUAUAUCCUAGAUUACAGUUGUUCGUUCGGUCAAAUGCACAAAAGCAUCUUAAAAGGACGCUAAACCACUUUUUCUCUCCAGCGCAGUACUUCCUAGUAUAAACCGACUAAUCUCAGUAAGGCUGGGGAACGAUUCUAAGGUGUCCCUUUAUGUGCCGAUUUUAAGCGAACUUUGUUCAUAGGCGGGCGGUUGCCAUUAGAGGAGAUCCUUUCAUGCUUCUCGGUCAAGGUCGUUCCUUUCGAGAACUGGAGCCGUGCAAACUCUUUUAUGUAAUUGAAACAGUAAUUCCUGUUAUAAACAUGCCAACAAGAAGGCGUUUUGUAAUACCUUGGAGGAUCAGAUCGUUUAGCAGUCAUGAAAGUAGGCGGUUCACCUUUUUGCAGUCUUCCUCGAAAUGGGACCUGGAAACGUCAUUGACCCUAAUUCUUUCUCAAAAAGUCGGAAACCGUGAUACACACUAAAACUUAACUGUUUGUUUUGUCCGUGCCACAAUUAGAGGGCUGACAGCGUGAUCUGACAUAAAUGGUGAUACUCGAAGUAAUCUGGUUCCACAAAAUCCCCCGAGAUUCGGGGUUGCUUAGAAUGGCGUCAUUCGAUCGGCUCACUUGGCUUCUUGAAAACAUACCCGAACAAAAUGACACAAACUAUUUCCUAUUAUACUGAUAUUUUUAUCUUCCUUUUUCAGCCUAAUGAAAGUGCGCAACCCAUCGUGAUCGAGGUUCUAGAACAGCGAUUUCUUGAAAGCACAAACGUCCUUGGUACGUCAAAGCAGUCAGCCUAUUGCUAUCUGGCCGGCAAAUAAUAUAAAUCUACACAAGAGUCCCAAUUCAGCCUAGUGGGUUUUUCACUUACAUGCUAAAUUACUGUGCUAAAGGGACUCGGUUUUGCUUAUAUCGACCGUUUUAUAAGUAUCUCGUAUAUAAUUCGAAGAGUAGGACGUGUUGGCUAAUAGGAAAACUUUGUUCCCCGUCCUCUUUUCACACUUUUGUUUGGAGAUGGAAACUCGGGGACUGCGAUGUCACUUUCUGUUUGUCUUUAACAGGCACCUUAGUCCAUCGCAAAUCCAGGCGUAACCGAACUUGGCAUAUACUAUCCUGCCAGUUAGCCACGGAUGUGUUCAACUUUCCUUUUGAGUAGUGCCAGACUAGGAUGGAGUGUAGGGAAUGCGUCCUGCCUAGAAGCUGCGGGUUAGCGACUUUAUAGCCGACUGUUGGAUUUACCGAGGGUUUACUUACCGCUGUCUGGAUACUAAACACAAACAGCGGAUAUGGCAAGUCCUGGUCUAAUCACCUUGCUCAAAGUCCGUCCUUUAUGAUGAAAUUAUAAACCACCGUUUACUAACUGGAGGGAGCGAUCCCCUCGCGUUAGCGCCAUGCAGCAGCGGAAACUGUUACAAGUACGAUAUAGGAAUAGGUGUCCCCGUAAUGCAAGUGACCCUAAACUCUAAGAAUUUACCUUAAGAUCGCCUGUUCCCGUGUCCUGACUUUGAAAAAUCCUUGUCUUUAUUUUUACCUAGCAUUGCUAAAACAGCAUUUUAUUCUUGCCAUGACGACUGUGGUGAUGUUUUUUGCUGAAAGUCUAAAAACCCUGACGUAAACAGAAAGUAGCCAGUUCUCUUGACAACCUGUCCUCGAAUUCGGUCUCACGGCUCACGUCUAACUAGACUAUCCGGAGUCCAACACGUGAUAAAUACUGGUUUUUAAAAGUAUCUCAUGUCUAUACUAGAGGCGGAGUGGGACACUGGCUACUGUGCGAGACUGACGUAAAUUGUUUUAGAGCAGAACCCCGCUAAUACGCCUAGUAGUCUACUUACCUUCAAGUUUGUUUACCCUAAAAGACGAUAUUUGCGAGGAGGUGAAAGCAGUAACAGACAAGCGUCUCGUAGAGACCGCCAGCGUUCUUCAAUCUGCUUCCGGUAUCGGUCGCUUAACGACUGACCUGCACAGAGGAGACCGCGCGUACAGGCUCGCUGCACUCACAGUAUGCUACUCCGUUUCGCUGGGGCCGACUGUGGCGUAAACACGACGUUCUGCAGUUUCCAUCAAGAAUGUGUGCGUGUGUAUGUUCUGCGGGCGCCUGUAGCUUGACUGACACUUCUACUAUGGGUACAACAGUGUAGUCUGCCUCUCCGUUGGCUGAGAGAUGGGUGCCAUGCACAGACAACGCGAAGUGUAUCAGAAACUUGACGUUUUAAAUUCGAUACGCAGAUGUAGCUUGCCUGAUCGACCUCCCAAGGGUUGCCCCUAACCCAAGAAGUCAGCGGUGGUUUACUGGUGGGCUGGAUUCUAAUGAGGCACUGCCGUCAUCAGCUCGACUGGUGCACGGGAGGGGGAAUGGAUGGAGAGACCGUCACUGGGGAAACCAACCCCACGACAAAUCGGCAUAUUCCGCAUUUAUUAUGACUCUGGUGCGCUUGAAUUUAUUACGAUGAGCUAAGAGUCGCGACUUAGAAAGCUGCCAACCGAUAGAAUAAUUAGGUCUCCAGGGAAGUAUUUCGCAGUGAGCGAAGCUCCAGGAGUUAAGUUUAAUGGCUCCUUCCUGAUGUAACCCUUAAUGCGCCCUAACCUGUGUGUGUGUGUGUGUCGGCAAGCCUGAUUGCAGGCGAACGUCGCGCCACUUAGAAUCCGUGCCGUCCCACCUUUUCCUCCUGUUGUGAAAAAUUCUGCUCCACGGGGUGUGGUGGUACACCUAAGUGCGCGUUUUCGCCGCAAUGGUCACCUGCGCCUUCUCCCGCCUCCGGUCUUCCUGACUCUGUCAGGAGAUCGAGCCCAGUCGCGAGAAGAGGAAAAAGGUCUGUUACAUGUCCUGCUAGCUUGCUAUCACUUUAAUUCACGCUCCUGUCUCCAUGCCCGCUCCGACUCUGUUUUGGAACCCCUUGUGGUCGGUCGAUGGUCGGAUCGUUACCCUUUUACUCGGCUCUAUAAUGGGAUUGAACAUGUCAAACGGGUACAAUUCUGACCUUAAAUGUGCUCUGUCCGCUUCACUUGCUGAAAUAGUAUUGCGGCUGCUGAUGUUUUAGUACAGGAUGAGAAACUUGUUGGUGGGUGGAACUGUGGUGUCUAAGUAGUAAGAUUACUCAGAGCGCCACAAUCAACAAUCCAAGUCCGGAUCAGUAGGAAAAGACAGGUGUUAGAAGGGGUAUUUUGUUGUGCACAGAACUCCGAGUAGCUGCCCUAGGCAGCAGUGCCCACUGACGAAACUACGGCCUGUGUUAGCGGUGUUAAGUCACCUAGUCAAUCACACUAGGGUAACUCUCUACUUAGAUUGUAUAAUUUACCAUACCGACUGCACAUGUACUAGCAAAAAACCGAGCUAUGAUUUUGCCAAUAUUCUGACGCUGCGUGAUAUAGUUGUGAGACGUCCGCCUCUCCACUGAGUCCCAAGCGUUUCCAUGUGUUUUAUGUCAUAUGCUCCAGUUUGUUUAAUCUCCUCAGAAAUUAAUGCGCUAAUUUGAGGUGAAUUAUUCUGACUGAAGCCUAUAUCCAAAACAUCGGCGAAACACGUGUCUGGGCUUUCAGAUCGUACCUGUGCUGUCAGUAGGAUAUCUCAUGCAACCCGUAUAUGCCCCUAGCUGUCAGAUGGAAGGACAUGAAUGCUACGCCGUUAUCCUGUUGCAGCUGAUGGAGUUCGACCCACACAUCCAUGUCGACUUAUGAAGCUACAUUCAGAAUGAUUAACUCCAAGUUUCCGCAUUGAUUUUUAAGAUUAGAAAGCUGAAGCCCCCUUGGGUAUCAAAUAAUUCACGAAUUGCUUCCAGCCGAUUUUAAUGAGUAAUCAGUUCUUCCUGGAAAAGGUUAAAAAAACUCAUUUUCUAAAUUCGUUGUGCAAGGAAAUCGCCUUUUGCAACUUAGCAGUUGAAGUAAGGAAAAAUUGCUAAUUUAAAACAUCUAGGAACGUUUUCGAUCAUUUGCACGCAUAUAAGUGUAGCCUAACCCAUGCAGAUUUCCUACGUUAGGUUAAAAAUUGUACCAGUUUCCCUGAUGUCUUUUGGCAUAUGGUAUAAGUAAUAGUCUAGUCCUGACUAAAAACUGUGUUUUUAGGCAUUAGUAAUGUCAGAUAGUUUGACGGCCUCAAAGACGAAAGAUGACGAGUUUCAUUUUGUUGGCUAUUUGCAUUCUCAGUACCUGUCAGACAGCCUUGACGUGCGCUUGAAUCACAUCUAUUUUAUUACAGUUAGAUAAUCAACUAAACUCAUUAAAAUCAAAUGUGCUAGUUGUCGGACUUCACUUAGUACCGCAAUACUCUUUACUUCUAGGUGUUAGAGUCAAAAAUAAAACAAAUUAUCCCGUGAAAAAUCCUAAAGAUUCUGCUUUUGUCAGUCCCUUUGGUAGCGCGCGGAAAUAUACAUCUCCCUCGGGGUUACAAGUGGCCUUAGACUAAAUUCAAAGUGAGUUAGGGUUAGGAUUAGGAGGGGUAGGUUUGGGUUUUAAGUUAGGACACUGAAAUAUGGCGUCCACUUUCCCGUACCUGAUCACCCCCUCUAUAAAGUAAUGCUUACCUUUCAUAAGCCUUGAAAACAAAUGAAGAAGCCAGUUGGUGAGUGACAGAGAAUAAGACCGACUUAUUUCAGAAAAACUUAAGUGAAGCCCGACAGACAUACCACAUGGCUCGAACUUGCUUGAAAGAAUUAAGGAAUGUUGGAUCCCUUUUGAUCGAUUUCGUCAAAUAGCCCACGUUCUCGUGAAACGCUUUGUGGAGGCCUUGAAUCAGUUCUUCGCGCCUGUAAACUCUGCACAGAUGUUGCGCAAUUUUGUACGUUAAAGCGAACGGGGACAGUGACGAAACGACUUGACAACUUUAUUAAUUCCCAUCCCGUAUUAAUACACAACCUAUUGGUAACCCUCUUUGGUGAUAUUAUUAAUUGCUGGUGAAAGCUCAAUUCCCGGAUUUCAAGAAAAAACGGAACUUCCAGUUCACAUCCCGAAAUCAGGAUAAACCGACAAACGCCACUGCUGUGUAAUAAUUACAUCUUUAUUUGUGCCAUUCCGGCGGCCAAUAAAGAUAACAAGCUUAUUUAUUGCUCAGAAUCUUGUCUUCUGACCAAGUCUCCGGUGACUCCAGAUUGUGUCUUGUUUAAUUUCCGAGGAAAUUAAUGCGCGAACUUGGAGAAGAUCUUUUGAGGCGGACUUAGAUUGUGCGCCACAAGUUGCGACUUGGCUGGGUAAUUAAUCUAUACAUUUUUUGUGAGUGGAAACCAUACGCUUCACGACAUACCUUAGUCCAAGUAACCUGCUUCUGGUGAGGAACUCAGAAAAUGUAAAAACACUACCAACACACCUUCAAUGAAACGAAUUUUUGAAAGAAAAUACCGGCCAGACGCGGGAAUAGGACUUUCCCAUUCCGGGGCUUAACACUAAUCACCAGGAAGAUCAGGGUAAGCGUUAAGUUUAGGGUUAGAGUUGGGUUUAGGUUUAUGGUUAAGGUUAGAGAUUGGGUUAGGGGUGGUGUAAGGACAAGGUAACACCCACCCUUCCUGGAAUUUGACGCAAGGCCACCGGAGUGUUCCUAUUCCCAUGACUUGCAAAAAUACCUUUUUUCACUUUUAAAUUCUAGCUCGAAAUUGAGAAAGUCUCUUGAGCACUUAGGGAGUCAAUCAACUCCUGUCCUAGUGCGAGUCACAAUUCGAACGCUGAUUACGCUGACUUGCCAUUUUACCAUGCCAUCAUACCCACCGACUAACUUUUUUCCAAAACACAAGUUUUGAUCAAAUCUAAAAUCGUAAAGGAAGCAAUGACCACUUAUCAUCGAGGAAUCCACGUUUAUGGAACUGUGUUCUUAGCCCUUAAAAGUGAAUGCUUCCGUUGGGUGGCGACCUUCGUUUGAUUGGCUGUUCCUCGUCUUUUCUUUUAACGACGACGAAAAUUGAAACAACGCAAGUGACUUGUUCGCCCAUUAUGGUAUCCUUUUAGGUCUCGUGACAUUCUCUGUCGCCUUUGGUCUCUGUAUUGCUACAAUGGGCGAGGCCGGUCGGCUCAUGCUGGACUUCUUCAUCAUCAUGAACGAAAUUAUCAUGCGUCUGGUGCGACUUAUCAUGUGGUCAGUGCAGCCUUCUAUCAGUACCCCGUUUAAUUUCGAGAUCCACUAGUGCACUUUACUGCCUAGAAGCUUCUUAAUGUGACCUUACUCAUAAUUUGCCACACUUGUGUGAUCCGAGGCGACCCUUUGCGGUGGUUAUAUGUAUUGAAAUUCUCCCCCCCCAAACCUGGGGACAGGUACGCUCCCUUUGGCAUCGUCUUCCUCAUCAUCGGAAAAAUCAUCGGACUGAAGGACCUUGCUGGAACAGCUGCAGGUCUCGGUCUUUACAUGCUGACGGUGAUCAGUGGGUUGUUCAUCCAUCUCUUCCUCAGUCUCAUGAUGAUCUACUUCUUGGUUUGUCGGAAGAACCCUCUGGUCUACUUCAAGGGACUUUUCCAAGCCUUCUUCAUGGCCCUAGGCACAGCGUCUAGCUCAGCCACACUGCCCAUCACAUUCAAGUAAGCCGAUGACACUUUUUUUAUAUUCACACUACCAUGAACAUUCCCUACGGCUAACUGUAACUUCGGCUUAUGGGGGAGGAACAGGUACUUGGCGUAGUCGCCUAUUUUUGCCGCUAGUACUUAACGCAUAUAAUCGGCGGGUUGUUUUGUGAAAACUGGGCGCGGCAACCUAAUAAGAGCGUACAAAAGGCUACUGUCUUGCUCCGAUCCAAAGCCAGAGGUUAUGAAGCGCAGCAAACAUUUGGCAUUAACUAGCACUACUGAUGUCUGUGACUGUAAAAGCUCGGAAGUAGACAACUAGGUUUUGAUUCAGCGAUCGGUUGUCUGACUUUAUCUCUUAUAGAAUGUUUUCUAAGUAAUUUCCCUGAUUUCUGCUGUUAGCGACAAAAAACGUCUUAGCAGUAGGCCCUUCUAAGUGCGAACUUGAUGUGAUGCCUUAGACAGUCCUCUACGGUUUAAUUACCUUUAGUUUAGACCACUAAGCCCAAGAGAACUUUUACCUCAGAAAAAGAACCACGGUUCAUUUUAAGCUCUCGAGCGGCGUACGUAAACCUAACGGUGAAUAAAAAAGUGUGCGCUAUUGGCAAUAAGGGUACAUGAGGGGAGCUUAUAAACAAACAACAACUUCCACAAAAAGUUUGCGAAAGUCGGAUCGAAGAAUAGGUUGAUCUCGUUUUAUCUAGAUGCGUCGAGCAUUCAGAUUCAGAACUCGCAGUAGACUGAGGGCCGAGUGUAAAAUAAAUUCUGCGAGGAGAAGUUGGCUUCCGAUGCACAGAUACUGCGUGAACACAGAAAAAAUAAACUAAAUAAUAGGAAAUUCCCUAUUCGUUUUUAAUGACACGUACACCUACUAUUGUUUUCGCUCGAUGGGACUGUGAUCAAAUCUGAUCUGGCUAUCCUCAACUACCACUUGUGAAAGUCUUUAGAGGCGGAUCUGAUGUUCUCGAUGGACCACGUCCUUAAACGACGAGGGCUAAACCCUAAAAACCUCAAAAAGCCCCACAUACGUCUUUGUCGACAGUGUAUAGCCACUUCUGAUUUGAAUAAUACUAUCACAAAGGCGCGGAAGGAUUCGGAUGAAGCAACCAUCGGUUCUGCAAUGUGUUUGACUGACAAGGUGUCACUUAUGCGAGAUCAACACAUCUUCCCGUCCGGAGGGAAUAAAAGAUCUACAAAACGUGUUUUGAACGGCGACUUUCAACUUCUGAGUCCAAUUGGUAACAGCAUGAACAAGCGAAAUCUGUUGAAAGAACGCGUUAAUGGUUGUUGGGCCAGAUUGGAAAGCGUCUUUUGCAAAUAAAGAACGAAUAUUGCUUACUCAUAAAUGAUUCGGAUAAACGGCAAAGUGGUUCAUUGCAAGCAUUAUAGAAGGAAUCAACUAAAAACAGAAGUCCUGGAUAGUGACUGUUUAAAAAAACUUAACAAGAUACUAUGAUUGUUCAAAAGGCGGCAAAGCAGUUUUCACAAAAAUAGCUCGUGGGAGCGGAUCUCAAAAUAGAACAGUCGGCUGCUAAAACCAAAGCAUAAAAAAUAAACAGUGAAAAUCGUGAAUAUUCCGGCACAACUGAGGCCACAGGAAACAAAACUUCGAUCCGGAGAUUCUGCCGAAAGGACAGGAGCUGCCAGUAAGUAGACAUUUAACGUCAUGCCCUCGGCACAGGUUUUUCACUUUCGUUUUUCAAGUUCAUUGCAAGGUUUGAAUUAAAGGAAUUGGAUCGACCCGGACGGACCUCCACGUUGACUGUUGAGAGAGGUUAUUGAAGAACUAACUGAAACUCCCUUCAUAGUGCUGUCGUUAGUGGUAAUGUUCUCACAAACUAACGAGUUAUAUCUCACGAGCCCUUGGUCUUAAAAGCAGCAAGGGAAAUUGAGCAGUGAAUAAUGUAAAGAUUUUGAACGUUAAGAAAACUGACAACAGAACACGACAGCAGAGCACGCUAGCAAGGCGGGUUGUACAGGUGUGUUGUUUCUCGUCACAUUCAAACAAGCAAUCCGGGCAAAGAAAAUGGGACUAAAAUGUCAAAGGUAAAUCAGUCCGGUACCUCACCGCAGUGCUCUGCGAUCGCGACAUUAUCGUAAGUUCACAGACGCCAGCAAACUAACAAAUAUUUUGAUCUGCUCGAAGAUGUGCCCCAUGGAGACAGGUUCACAAUAGGGGGGCAUUAUGUCUCGUGUCAAUCCGCUGCUAGGUGAUGGAGGGAAUCGUCAAACGGCAACGGAAGGGUUGUUUAUUUUUAUGACGUUCAUUGUGGUUUUUGCUAGAGACGAGCCUGUCUCACGGAUAUCAUGGCCCCCGUAGCAAAGUUGCCAAGAGCUUUGGACAUGCCGUCGAUGCUGUUUGUUUUACCUUAAGAACUAGGUCGUUACCGCCGGAGUAAACGUAUGGCUUCCUAAAGGUUUCCUUCACGGACAGCUCAUUUUCAUGUCUUUACAUGAAUGACCUGCUGGGCUGGAUCAAGUCGAAGAACUAUUCGGGUCGAACGGUAUGGCAUCCGCAACGCGACGAGUGAGUUCCUAUGGACGACCAGUGAGCACCCGUUUAUCAUUGUACAUUCCCUAUCGAAACCGACAGGACAAAGAGCCCGUGGCCCAGUGGAUAGAGGCAUUGGCCUUCUAAUCAACGGGUCGCGGGAUCGAGCCCCAGGUGUUCCACAAUUCGGGGUUAGGUAUGACUGGCCGACGACGACUAAUAAGCCAGAAAUAACCAUUCCACUCUCCCUGGUCUUUGUCGGUAAUAACAUUCUGCCCAUAUCAUGCGCCGCUGUGCGGCUGCUGGUUGGGCUCAAGAGAGAGCCCCUAAGGCACAACGGGACGAGAGAAUUCUUCAAGAACUAUCAAUGAGCGCAACUCUACCAUCGUAUGACGUCCUGUUACAAGGAGUCCAUGUUGCUAGACUGGAAAGUGGUGCAUCAGGCUCCACACUCUAGUACGUGCGAUGGUUGAUUUGGACACCGUACAAGGAUGAAAAUAAGCACAAGCCUUUUAAAACUGCCUCCUCAACGGAACUUUAUUGAAACCUUUCAAAGCUCAAAAUGAUUAUGUUGUUGUGAAAAAGGCUAUUCAUGUAGCGAAACACAAUCCACAAAGGUAAGAUGUGGUUUGGUAGCCCCAACUGAUGGACGUAAUACUGUUGGGGUUAAGGGUUAGAGUUAGGGGUUAGGGCUAGGACUUAUAGUUACGGCUUGGGGGUUAUGGUCGGGGUCGGUUAGGGGUCGGGGUUUAGGAUUAGGGGUUAUAAUUAGGGCUUAGCGCAAGUAUUUCUCAACCAUUCAAGGUACAACCCUGCAUUCCUGAUAGCUUUUAUUUUUCAUGCAACUACUUGCCCUCGUCACCUGUGCGUUCCCCGACCCCAUCUGUAAAAACCCCUACUACCACCGGUAGCGUAUUAGAGGUGACUGGGGUUUGUUUACUUCCGGUGGGGCUACAUAACCACAUCCGACCUAAGUGUGACGUGCAUCAGGGGCGAACUUAUGUCAGAGGCUCAUGCUAGACCAUCCGUUGUUGAUUAUUUUUGCAUCUUAUAAGCACACUAGUUGUCCUAUUUUAGCAAUAGUUUUAUCCAAUUAUUUCAUCACAGCGUUACAUUGUCAACUUUGUGGCUGAUUUAUAAUUGUAUUCUUCAGGCAAACUAUUGUAAAUGCUAACAGUUGUACUGACCUUCCAUUCCAAACAUGCUGGUUUGUACAGACUUUGUGUUCUUUUGAAGAAGGUUCUUGGCGUUCGCAAAUUAUUGCCGUAUAGCCGGGUCGCAUUGUGCAUAAUGACGUCUGUAUUAUAAAUCAGUGGAGAUUGGAUAACCAAAUAAGUGAAUACCAGCCGCAAUAAUUCUCACAAGUUUCGGUGUUUAGAAAGUGAAAUACGUUCCUAUGAGCUACAAACUUGACGAUGUCAUAAUUUUUUCCCAAAUGCGUAUGUAAGAAAUUGAUGUGUCGUGCCUCCCUAGAUGGAAGUAUGCAUGAAUUUGUACUUCAUUAAAAGUUUCCUGAGAAAGUCAUCACUUAUGUAUCUGUUGAUUUCAGGAGUGAUUUGUGCGGUCGAAAAAAUGCAAAUCAAAAAUCAACAUUAAUUAUACCUAGAUUGUUUUCCAUCAUAACCGGUAUAGAAACCUUGUCUGACUACUCUAUUUCGUUUCGAGCCCAGGCCAAGACUACAAACAAUGUUUUAGGCGUUUCGAUGCCUAAUGCUCUUGAUGAAGAUUCGCGAUAGCCACAUCAGAGUGCUAUCGUCUGAUACUGGAUCCGUAGCUGUUUUUUCGUCAGAAGGGCAACCUUGUCUAUUUCGCCGUUAACCCUUGAUAAAAACUGUUCUAUUGUCGACCACCGGCUGCCAGGCUGUAUAUCCACCAAGUUCUUUAGCACGCAAGACCCCCUCUACCGGUGAUAUGGGCUGAGGGAAUGAGUACAUGUGGUUAGGAUCUUGUAUAAACAGUCGCGAGACUGGUUCUCUUACUCGUCCCCAGACUUAUGGGUCAUGUAUAAAAACAGUUAACUAUUUAAUUCUGUCGAACUAUUGAUUCCGCGGUUGGCCGAAGCCUGCGCCAAUGCAUGUCAGUUGUAUUUCGUCAUCCCCUCGGCAUUGGUUGCUCUCCUUCCGUGUUUUCCUUGAGAAACCUGUAUGUGGCAUCUAAAUCGAUAUGCCGAUUGGUGCAUGUCUCAUCUGAGUGCAUUGCUUUUAGGACUUCCCGGUUCUUGCUCACUGGGCAGGCGCCAACAGUGUGAAUUUUCUCCCAUGCAGACUUUUGUCCAGCGUCCAGUGUGUGCAUGACCACCUGGGAUAGAUGAUCUCGUCUCUCCACUACUAACGGGUCGAAACAGACUUCUCAGUUUUACCACAAUAGACAGUGUCACAACUGGCACAUGAGAUCUUGUAGACAACCUUCCCUAUCAAGGUAGUCAAUCCUGUCCGUAGGAUUUACAAGCUGUGUAUGCAAGGCAGUUGUGGGCUGGUGUGCUACCUGUACUCGAUGUUUUUCGGCUGUCUUUCAACGACAUCAGCUGCGUUUUUUCACGUAUGGUAGAGUUUAUCAGGUAAAUGUCUUCGGUGCCUGGGUGUCCGUUGUGCUUGAAAUAUUUUUCUGUUUGAACUUAUAAUGCCUCAUCCACCGUCGCACAAAGUCACGCGGGUACCCGUUGUGGAAAAAUAAUUUGAAGAGGCAUUUCAAUUCUGCUCUAUAUCUUUCUUCAUCAGAGCAGUGUGUUUUGGCUCGAGUGCCACCACCCGAUGAUGGAUCCGCGGCUGUUCUUUUUCGGCAGAAGGGCAACCCUGCUUAUUCCGCUGCUGGGCUAUUGUCCACCACCAGUUGGGGGGCUGUAUGUUCACAAAUUAGUUUAACACGCCUGUCCCUCGACCGAUGGUCGGACUGAAGAGAUGAGGACCUGUCGUUAAGGUCCUGUGACAACAAUGCUCAAAUAACUGCGUCUUUAUAUUUCCAGUUCACCUAUUGCCCAAAGUCGCACAAGGAUCUUCUCCAGCCUUUCACUAAGACUAAACAAGAAGAAUGCCUAAAAUACAAAAAAUAUUCUCAAAGAAAUGGUACUAUUUUAAAAAUUGGUUCUGCUCCGAUACACAAGCCUAUUUCUCUGGCCCGCAGAUGUUGUCAGAAGCCGGUCUCUGCUACGACCGACUUUUAAUGAGGCAAACCUACCUUGCAACUUUUCUAAAGUCAGCAAGUUUGUUACGUCAAAUGCCUUUUAGAAAAAGCUAGCGGGCACGGAAGCCGCCUUAUUUGAAAAGUCAACCUCGAAUGCUGAUCCACAGAUGAACAAAUCAUGCAGUAAACAUGCAGGAAUAUGUUUCAGCAGCGCGAAGCACCACUUGGUGGUGCUAUAGCAACCGACCACAGACGGGGCGCACAUUCUGCUGUCGACAGGUGUCAGACUUAAAUUUAGCCUUCUUAGACGGGGGCAAAAUAUCUCGCCAUCCAGUAUGCCCAAUCAUCUUGGCUACCGCUGGCCAAUGAAUGACUUUGCGUGAAUGGGACGUGUGAACGAGGCAAGGCUUGCAAAAUUCCUCGAUAGAAUAAUCUCAUGCCCUUAGUAGUCAGAUGGAAAGCAGAAAAUGCCGGGGUUUUCCUCCAUUUUUCCUUUUGGUUCUUGUAAAAAGUUGGAUAAAAAGUCCCACAAAAAUAGCUGCUGUACGAAGGGUUCAAAUUAUCGAAGACUCGCUAGGAGUGGUAUUGUAUGCAUCCCUUUUCGUUAAGAUGGUUUUUCGAUUGUGCUCUAAAAUGUCUGUUGAUGGACUUCGUAUAAUUCAAUGAAAGUAUGUCUCAAUGACCUACCUCCCUCCCUCUCUCUCCUUUUCGAUCCGCAGGUGCUUGGAGGAGACCCUAGGAAUCGAUCCCCGUGUGACACGUUUCGUCCUGCCUAUUGGUGCAACAGUAAACAUGGAUGGAACAGCGCUUUACGAAGCUGUGGCCUGUAUUUUCAUAGCACAAAUCAAUGAGAUUCCCCUUUCGAUCGGCCAACUUAUCACCAUCAGGUAUGAGCCAUAGACAUACUGUUUAAACAAACUCGAGAGUGCGAAUGACCUUUGAAGAUCAUCUUUUACAAACAACAUUUUCGUCCUACAGCACGACUGGCUCUGCGAAGAAUUUUGUCGCCUGCGGUGACUAACAACAAAAACCGCUGUCUCGUUGGAGUCAGUGUCGGAAGAGUGGUUGUAGCAUAUGUAGCAGAACAGAAACACAAAUCCAAGUCGUUCUGUUAAAAGCUGACUUAAACCGGAAGCCCACUUUGAUAAGGUCUGAUAUGGGAUUUAUCUUCAUCGACGUUGGAUUUACAAGCUAAGGUUGAUUUAUCAAUACCGGUCGGCGACAAUGCUUCCAUCUAAAAUUAGUUCUCCUCAAACCGUCAUCAAGUACCCGGUACCGCCGCUGCAAAUCCAGGUUUGAGUGCCUCAGUACUUGGUCAUAUGUUGCUAAGGCUAGACGGGGCAUAUGAGUAAUUUGUCUCCGUCCAACGAGGUAUAUGCAGGAUGAACGAAAGUCUAUACUGGCAGUGAUCCGUUUAAGAAUAUCUACCGUGCUGCAGAGGAGGACUGGAAGGGCGGAACUAAUCUGUGGAUUCGAGAUACUGUACCGAUUAAAAUCCCUUUCGGAAAACGAAAAUAGUGACAUUCAGUAUUCUUAUCUUUUCUUUAUUCCCCUUGAGGAUUUUUAACGCUUGUCUCCAGGAUAAUUUUUGAGAUGAUAUCUGAACUUUAGCAGUUACCUGUUAGAAAGAAUACUAAUUAGGCCGGUAUUUUAGGUCUCGAGCGGUUGCAGUCAGAAAAUGUCGAACAGCCGCGUCUUCUCUUAGGAAGGAUUACUUAAGCGGGGUUGUAACAGGAAUUAUUUUGUACAAUAAUCUCAUGAUAUUUCAGACGCGGCAGGAUUUUGGUUUUUGAACGUAUCUCUUUUCGGCCGUCUGCAAAAACUGUAUUCAGUAAAAAAGGCUUUAAUUAUGCCGACGGCAACAAGGAUAUUGUAACACCUCCCUCGUAUGUUAGCCUUCCACGCCUUACAUAUAUGUCGAGCUUUGCAUCAUCUGAUCACAGAACCACCCAAUCAAGUGGAUAAGCUGGCGUUGACGGACUGCUAUGCUAGACACCCGGCACGACAGUUCGACCGAUGAUGUCCACCGUGUGCUCCACAGCAGGGCGAGAGCAGACACGGUGACUUGUGCGUGAACUAGUUUAUCGUGAUAUCGGACUUGCACAGCAUCUACGGCACUCUCUAUUCCUCCCCCACCUGGACCCGGUGUCAAGACAGAGUCAAGAAGACCGAAUGCGGGGGAGGUCGCAGACGAAUGGCACGGUCGAGCCCGCACCUUGGUAUUCCACUCCACAACCCCUGGUACACACAACAAAUGACCAGGUUUUUGACCAACAAGAACAAUGUGGAGGCGGCAGGGGGUCCCAGUGUGCGCGACGUCUGCCGGCAACCGGGUCUGCCACCGCAUCCCGAAAUGUUGGCAUUUGUUAUGGUGCGCGAAUCCGGUAAGGCCCGCCAGAAUCCAAUAUGACCCCCGUGUUGGUCCAGCGCAUCUACCAUGACGCUCGUUUGGGGGAGGACAGUGUUAGACACCCACCUGCGGAGACACACGCAGGCCCCGAACUGGCCUACGUAUAGAGCUCCGAUUACCACCAAACAUGUAAAGAGUACACGAUUCCCGUUUUCUCUUCUUCAAAACGGGACUGGAUCCCGAUUAGUACAUGGUGGUUAGGGUACACCUGCUACCAAAGCCACUACCAGUUUUCAUACACUGGACUUUUAAUGCAGACCCUGCAGCGUCAGAGGUGGACCGGCAGAGAACGUAAAGAUUAAGGCAGCAGCUGUUGCAAGUUUCUUUUCCUCUUCAUCCAGCCACGAUCCAGACCUGCACUGGCUUGCACUCGCUUAUCAGCGUUGCUUGGCAUGUCUGACUGUAAACUGUAUGAAUAAGCCUACUGUAAUUGCCGCCGCCUCCGUCCUUGAGGCUCCCACCCACCUAUCUCUGAUAAUAUCCACUCUGGCGUUUUGCUAACUGGCAAGUUCCCACUUAUUUUUCCUCUCUUAUCACCAAGGGACAUUAUUUGACCGCUCCGAGAUGUCACUCGCGCUUCUGUGUGCCCAUUCCAACGUGCGCUUUUGAUACGCUUAGAGUUUCGACUCGCAUAAUGUAAGCGUAUGUGAGUAUUAGUAAAAGUUGUAUUGUCUGGACUGUCGUAUACUAGAUCUCAAGCAGGAUAUAACGACUCUAGAGGCCUCCAGACGCUCCAAAACGGGGGAUUCUUGACUUGGUACGAGUGGCUGGUCCCUGGAUCAAGCGCCGGGUCCCUAACAGUGCGUGUGCAGGACAAAGAAAAGCAACUGCGAUCAAAUGCCUUGCGAAAGCAUGGCCUUCAAAGAGGAGAUGACACUGCUUACCUAGCAUGCGGCGAUUCACGUAUGUGACCAUAAAUUGGACGCGCCUCAGGCCCUCAAAUGUUCGACUCACUUGUGGGGGAGCUUUCGCUCAUCCCAUGUUCCCCAUGAUCCAACCAAGCUCCCCUUUCUCAUAAACGUUGAUUUUAAGGCAAAGAAAGGCUAACGAAAACGUUUGAAUAAAAUGUGCUUUGUGGCCCUUCUGAGCUCACUUGAUUCCGUCAUCCAACUUGUAAGGUCUGGAAGUUGGACUCGGCCGAGGACUAAUCAGUGAAAAAGGGCUAAUUGCAAUCAGACCUCUGUGUUGCCAGUCUUUUGCGCGUUCAAGUGUUCUUAGUCUAUAAAAGCAAGUUUGGAGAGGUUCUGUCCAAGUCAUACCGAAAUUUCGGAUCUUCCUGCCUGAAAAUUAGUACUACUGAUGGCCUUAUUUUUUUCUUCCUUUCCAGCAUAACGGCCACGCUUGCAGCCAUUGGAGCCGCUUCCGUGCCCAGUGCUGGGUUGGUUACCAUGGUGCUGGUUUUAACUUCCGUCGGACUUCCAGUAAAUGACAUCACGCUUAUCUUGGCUGUUGACUGGAUGCUGUAAGUUGCUUAGUAUGUCAAGCGCCCGGAAAAAUGUUUGAGCUGCAGAAAUAUGCAACGAAACACAUGUUGUUUUCGAAAGGAAUUCAUGCAGAAUAUAAAGUCAGGCACUCAAAACGAUUUGGUUAGAUAAGACAUUUUUUACAUAUACUUUUCCACAUUUUAUGCAACUUAUAGUUUAUCUGGUUGCCAGAAAUCUUCUAAGCAGUAUUAUUGUCACUUCACUACCUUUCUUUGAAAAAGUAUUUCAAAAGAUGAGAAGUAUAGGCGACAACAAGUAAUUUCUGACGACUGGCAGACUUUCAUGGAUCUUCUGGUUGUAUUUCGAAGGGCGUUACUCCAACUGCUCAGGCCAAGAUGAGCGGUCUUGUCAAAUUACUUUGUUGGCGGCUGAAAGUACGUGACGGCGUUUUGACAGAAUCCAAGUUUGAACAAGGCAAAAACGACGAAAUACGCAGGAUUUUAUGAUGCUAUAGGAUUUCGUGACUUCUCAUUCGACUUCACUUGGUCAUUGCGUAUUUGCAAGACAAGUUAAACUGUUCACUCAGAGAUCGACCAAGAAGGAUGAAAAUUGAUAGUUAAAACGAAACAUGGAUUGUUGGCCUGAUAUUCGGGUGCACAUGGCGAAGGGGAGGGAAACCAUCCAAGCAAGCGAGUUCAGAUUACAGAGAAAACUUAUCAGGCGUAAUUAAAACUGCGACGCGCGGAACAGCAGUCACUCAUGACGGGAAGGGGGGUGGGGAGGAAGUGAGAAAGCGGGUAUGUGAAUGAGGUUACGUCCAUUAUCGAUCUUUGCCAUGGCAGUGUGAGGUUGAUCACGGGAUUCAGCUGCUAACAGAGUUCCGGUUGUCCCCUCCGUAUUGCUGGGGCCUCGGUAAAGCGCAGUAGACGCCCAGCCGUCGCCGAAGCAGGACUUUAAAUGCAGCCAUCGGGUCCAUUGUAUGGGUCGCCCCCACGCGGUGCUUCGUAAUCGAGCUCCUGGGCACCUUAUUUUCGGCCCUUAGCAGCCACUUCGGCAUGUGUGCAGCUGACCGAACUGCCAAAUGCUUUUGUGUGCACCCAGUGUAUUUGCAUCCACAACUACAUGUAAACUCAGAAAUACAGUUUGGUGUGGCGUGUAUAGGCGGAAUGUCUUUAGUUGGUCUAACUGGAAUGACCGUUGUGCUUAUGAACAACAACUUAGAGGCGGCGUUCAUUAGUUCAAUUGUGCACCGCAAUCGUCGCAUGAUCACGUUUGACACAUUUUCGCCCUUGAAAGGGAGGUUUACCUUGUUUUAAUUCUUGUCUUUAUUUUUGCUACUAACCGUUUGUUAGUAACCAUGCUUUACUCAUACUACCCUGUCAAAAUACGCAAUGACCGUGUGCAGUUGGAUAAGAGGUCACCCGAUUUUAUGACGUCAUUAAGUCCUGCAUAGUUCGUCUCUUUGGCCUUAUUCAAAUUUAUUCUUUGCAAACAGUGCUUCAAAGAAUCCCAGUUGACCAGAAGAGGAAACUGCAGACCAAUACACUACCAGACAUAUUACCUACCGAUACAAUGUUAGUAGGCACAUGUUUCAUUUUAGGGACCGCAUCCGGACUUCCAUCAAUGUGAUGGGCGAUGCAUACGGCGCUGGAGUCGUCGCACACCUCUGUAGGAAGCAGCUUGUUAAUCCUGCGAGGAGGCUUACCAGCGUCUGCAUAGCGAACGAUCUGCCUAACCAUCUUCGCGAAGGCGACGACGACGAAGCACCCCCCAUCGAGCUCGAGGAACAUUCGCAGAAGGAUGUGAAUUAG